AUGACAGAAGCUUCAAAAGUCCAAAUGCUUAAUAUUCAAGAAAUUGAGCAGCUCAACAUCGAUGAAUUCGCAGGAAAUAUCUCAAAGGGCAGUAAAAGCUUAAAUGCGUUUUUUGUAUAUAGAAAAGUAUUCACUAAAAGGGCCAUAGCUAGUGGAAUAAAAAUGAGAAUGACCGAUAUUUCGAAAUUCGCUGCUCAAGCAUGGAGCAGCGAGUCACCAGAAAUUAAAAAAGCCUAUGCUGACGUUUCAAAAAGAAUUGACAAUGUAUUACAGAAAAAAAGACAAAAAGAUAUGACUUAUCAGAUCGUCUACGAUGGAAAUAUGAAUAACUUCCAAUCGCCCAUUCCACAGGAACGAGAAUCCCCUAUAGAAUCACCUAUAGAAUCACCAUUAGAAUCACCUAUAUUGACCCCAUCUUAUCCUGAUUUGAUACCGGGCACUCAGUUUUCAUUCCCUCUUAAUGAUGGGCCAUUUCUUAAUGAAGGAUCAUUUCCUAAUGAAGGGUCAUUUUUUAUUGAAGGUUCAUUUCCUAAUGAUCCUUUAUUCGAUAUAAAUUCAUGCUAUAACUUUUUACCCAUGGAUCCGAUAUAUGAUCCUUCAUUCGAUAUAAAUUCAUAUUAUAACUUUUUAUCCGUCGAUCAGAUAAUCGACCUUUAUCUCAAUUAUCCAUGGUUAUUUCAACCUCAAUAA